AUGGCUGCCAGCAUCUAUCAUCGUUCCAGGGAUCUUCCUUGGUCAAUUCUUGCUGCCAAUGUGUCCUCUGAUCGUCCCCAUGACACUGCUUUGCCGGCUCCUGUUCUUUCGCCUCAACGGAAAUCGUUCGCUCAAGCUCUACAGAAUGUUUGUGACGUUCCGGUAGGUAACUUCCCUAAACCGUGCUUAAAAGGAAAGAGAUUAUCUAUUAAAAUACCAGAGGAUUCUUACAAAGCGGGUUUGGAUAGAUGCAAGAACAAUCUCCAUGGCCGUUUGAUCAUGGCUAAGGGAGAUAAGCCUUUGCGUUUACAUGAAAUUCGCGAGAAGCUCAUCAAAGCCUGGGCUCCGGUAAAUAAAUGGCAAAUCACUCCGUUGGGGAAGGGCUUUUAUGAGUUCUAUUUUCAAAAUUGUGAAGAUCUCAAUCGGGUUUGGAGCAUCGGAACAUGGAAUCUUAAACCUGGUUUGUUACGUCUGUCUGCUUGGUCCAAUGACUUCAAACCUGAAAACUUGAAGGUUACUAAUGCUCAAAUUUGGAUUCGUAUUUAUGGUCUGCCACAAGAGUAUUGGAUGCCUACGACUCUUUUUUCCAUUGCAUCUGGAAUAGGUACACCUCUUUCUUUGGAUGAAGCAACUAAACAGCGCACCAUGGGUCACUUUGCGCGCAUUUUGGUUGAUGUUAAUCUUGCUGAGGAGCUGCAUUAUCGUAUUCUUGUAGAAAGGGAAGGCUAUGCCUUCUUUGUUGACAUAUAUUAUGAAAACUUGCCAUAUUUUUGUGAACACUGUUGCUGCAUUGGCCAUUCAAUUGGCAAGUGCAGAAAAGUUAACAGCAGGGCAACAGACCAAAAGAAAAGUGUGGAGAAGGUUAUUCCUAACAAACCUAAUCCAAAAUUUGUCCCAAAGCAGAAAAAUAAGAACAAUGAACCUGUCCAGGACAAUGAGAAAAUAAAUGAAGAAGUCUCUGAUUAUGAAUCUUUACAUCCCGAAUCUGAUCAAGAGAAUGCGGAAGUGGUGAAAGACACUUUUGAAGAACCUAUUAUGAAUAAGGAGAUGCGUGCAGAUAAUGGAAAUCAUGCUGACAUGAUUGUGGAGGAUGCAGAAAAUGACAAAAAUGUGGGUGUCACUGUGGAUCAUGCACAACAUCAUGAAAUUCCGAAUCCUCGGAUAGUAGAGCAAACAAGUGAUAUUCCAGUUGUUCAUGAGAGAGACCGCCACUUAGAAAAGAAUCCAUCAUCAUGGGCAGAUGAAGUUGACGAUUCACAUGAUGAAGGAGGGGAAUUCACUGUUGUGACCUCAAAGAAAGGCAUUGGAAACCUUGACACAAGAUUUGCUCUCAACUUCAGAAGACACGGUAUUCCUAAUCUUUGGGGGUUUUGUGACUUCAAUAUUGAUCCCUUGGUGCUCCAGUUGUCAGAACAACACGUGGCUUUCUCUCUUACUUUUGAUCAACAAACAUGUUAUAUUGCUGCAAUCUAUGCUAGUACCUCCCAUGUGAAUAGGAGAAAACUAUGGUUGGAGCUUAAUUCCCUUCAAUCUCGUUUUGUUGGCCCUUGGUGCAUGAUCGGUGAUUUUAAUGCUGUUUUAGGUGCUCAUGAAAAAUAUGGCAGAUGUCUACCUAAUAAAACUUCUUGUGAUGAAUUCUCUAAUUGGACCAAUUCUAAUCAUCUUAUUCAUCUUGAUACUCUCGGUAACCAGUUCACUUGGGCCAAUGCUAGGAGAGGUCCUGCUUACUCUGCUCUUCGUUUGGAUAGAGUUAUUUGCAACUCUUUGUGGAUUGACACUUGGAAUUUUGUCUCUUGUUGUACUCUUCCUAAGGUUCAAUCUGAUCAUCACCCUCUUCUUUUUAAUUUUGAUUCUGAUGUUCAAACUUUUCCAUCUUCAUUUAAGUUUCAAAGUAUGUGGAUGUCUCAUGAUGAUUGUAAGCGUGUUAUAUCUGAGCAUUGGAAAAAAGAUGUUGUUGGUUGUCCAAUGUUUAUUUUGCAAGCAAAAUUGAAAUCUUUGAAACCUAUUCUUAAAUCUUGGAAUAAAGAUGUUUUUGGUGAUAUUAUUAAUGAUUCUGGUUACACGGAUGCUUUAGGUGAUGAAGAAAAACUUGCUCAGAUUAAUCUGAAUGAUGCUUUAAGAGUGCAGGAACAUUUUUGGAGAGAUAAGUCUAGGUCCAAGUGGUUUGUUGAGGGUGAUAGAAACACUGGUUAUUUUCAUAAGCUCGCUAAAAUAAGGCAUAUAUCCAAUAGAAUGAUUAGACUCAAGGCAGGGGAUAAUUACAUUGAGGACAUUAAUGAUAUUGAACAUCAUGUGUUAAAUUUUUACAAAGAAUUAUUUGCUAGUAACAAUAAUUGUGCUCCUACUAAUAUUAUUGAGCGCACUAUACCUCAUCUUAUUACUGUUGCAGAUAAUGAUAUGAUGACCAAAAUUCCUUCUUUUGAAGAAGUUAAGCAAGCUGUUUUUAAUAUGGAUGGUUCUUCUUCACCCGGCCCUGAUGGUUUUGGGGGAUGUUUUUUUCAAAAUUAUUGGGAUAUUGUUGGCAGUGAUGUUGUGGCCUCGGUCACUCAAUUCUUCAGUCAAGGUUGGAUUUUACCCAAUCUGAAUUCAAGUCAUGUGGCUCUUGUUCCUAAGUUUCCAGGUGCUGAUACUAUUGAAAAUUUUAGACCAAUCGCGGUGGCAAAUUUUCAAUUCAAAAUUAUUACAAAAAUUUUGGCUGACAGACUUGCGGUGAUUGCUCCUAAAAUUGUUUCAGAACAUCAAAGAGGGUUUGUACAAGGAAGACAUAUUUAUGAAUGCAUUUAUAUAGCCUCCGAGGCCAUUGACAUGUUGGACAAAAAAUCUUUCGGUGGUAAUAUGGCUAUGAAAAUAGACAUUAAAAAAGCUUUUGAUACUUUAGAUUGGAAUUUCCUUCUCAAAGUCCUACAGGCUUUUGGCUUUAAUCAUAAAUUCUGUUCUUGGAUUUCCACUAUUCUUCAUUCUGCAAAAUUGUCUCUUUUGGUGAAUGGUAAAACUGUUGGCUUUUUCGGCUGUUCUAGAGGAGUCAGACAAGGGGACCCCUUAUCCCCUCUUCUCUUUUGUAUUGCAGAAGAAGUGUUGAACAGACAACUUUCUCUUCUUGUGGAUGAUAACAAGUUAAGUUGCAUUACUUCAGAAUAUGGGGCUAACUCGGGCCAGAGGGUUAGUCCUCAUAAGAGCAAACUUUAUGGAGGCUUUAUUAGUCCAACCAGAUUAAAUACUUUGUCCAAUACUCUUGGAUUUUCUUUGGGUUCAUUACCUUUUGACUAUCUUGGAGUUCCUAUCUUUAAAGGGAAGCCUAAAAAAAUUCAUCUUCAGGCUUUAGCAGAUAGAGUAAAAUCUAAAUUUGCUUCUUGGAAGGGUCAUUCUUUGUCAAUGAUGGGAAGAGUUCAACUUGUUAAUUCUGUGAUUCAUGGCAUGUUGACUUAUAGCUUCAAGGUCUAUUCCUGGCCUAAAGGUUUGAUUAAGCAGAUGAAUCGUUGUAUUAGAAAUUUUAUUUGGUCUGGUAGUGUAGAUAAGAAGAAAUUGGUCACUCUAUCUUGGGACAAAGUUUGUACUCCUACUUCAGCUGGUGGUCUUGGGUUGAGAAAACUAAAUGACAUAAACAAAGCUGGUUGUCUUAAACUUUGUUGGGACAUGAUUAAAUCUGACAAGCAAUGGGCUACCACUCUUAAAAGCAGAUUUUUUCGUAAUUCUAGCCCCAUCAAUCAUGCGAUUUCAUCUUCUAUUUGGUCAAGUUUGAAAAAUGUUUUACAUUUGGUUAGUGAUCAUAGUAUUUGGCAAAUUGGUAAUGGCUUAUCUACUUCAUUUUGGAAUGAUAAUUGGCUUGGUUACAAAUUAAAAGACUUAAUUUUGGAGCCACUUCCUAAUCCUAUUUCUCAUCUGGUGAAUGCCAAAGUUGCGGAAGUCGUUCAUAAUCAAGUUUGGGCUUUACCUGAAAUUUUUAAACAACAAUUUCCUGCCAUUACUUGCGAUAUUCAUGCUCUUUCUCUCCCAUCCACACCGGAACCAGACGAAUUAGUUUGGGAAGAUUCUAUCUCUGGAGAAUUGACUUUUAAAGUUGCAUAUUCUUGUGGUAUGCAGCCCCUUCAAUGUGUAGGUUGGACCAAGUUCAUCUGGAAACUUUUUAUUCCUCCUUCUAGAUCUUUAGUUGCUUGGAGAAUUAUGCACCAUGUUAUUGCCACAGAUGAUAACUUGAUCAAAAGAGGCAUCACGAUUGUUUCUUGUUGCAGUCUUUGUGGCAGUAGUUACGAAACUGUUACUCAUUUGUUCUUGCGCUGCCCCUUUAUAAUGCAGUAUUGGAACUGGUUAUCUUCUUUGCUAGGCAUGCCUCUUGAUCUCUCAAAUUUUGAUUCCCUUCUUGGCAUGUGUAACAAAGGUUGGAGUCCUCAAUUACAUGAUCUCAUUAUUGCAGCCAUUGUCAAUAUUUUGUGGAAGGUUUGGAAAUGCAGGAGCAAUGUCAGGUUUAAUGAUAUCUCUCCAUAUUUUUCUCGUGAUCUGAUCUAUGUGAAAAGUCUUAUUCAUCAAGCAGCUCAUUAUUCCAAAGGUCACAUGUACUCAUCUAUAAAAGAAUUUUCUAUCCUCAAGCAUUUUGGUGUUGAUUGUCAUCCUCCCCCUCCGCCAUCUAUUAAACAAGUCAAUUGGAUCAUGCCUCCUAGUUUUUGGGUGAAGUGCAAUACUGAUGGAGCCUCUAGAGGUUCUUCAGGUUUAUCUUCUUGUGGUGGCAUCUUUAGAGACCAUCUUGAUACCUUUUUAGGUGCAUUUUCAGCUAACAUUGGUGUUGCAACCUCUCUUUAUGCUGAAAUUUGCGCUGCCAUUUAUGCUAUUGAAUUUGCUUCUGCUAAAGGAUGGACCCGUCUUUGGCUUGAAUGUGACUCUAUCCUCUUAGUUCAACCUUUCACUAAUGUGAAUGUGGUUCCUUGGAAGCUGAAGGUUAAAUGGAAAAAUUGUCUUCAUCUCGUUAGAAAUUUUCGUUUUAGAUUUUCUCAUAUUUAUAGAGAAGGAAAUACUUGUGCAGACAGAUUAGCUAAUGCGGGUUUUUUGUUGAUGGGUUAG